UUCAUGUUGGUUGGAAUGCCAUUGGGUGGCAAGACCUGUAUGCUCCACGCUCUGGCCGAGAUCAUGACGAAUCUCUUCGAGAAGGGUCUAACUGAGUACACCAAAGUCCUGCAUCGCACCAUGAACCCAAAGGCCAUCACCAUGGGCCAGUUGUUUGGCGAAUUCGAUCCUGUCUCACACGAGUGGACCGAUGGUGUAACCGCCAACACGUUCCGUGAGUUCGCGCAGAUGGAGCCUCCAGAUCGGACCUGGGUCAUUUUCGACGGACCAAUCGACACCUUGUGGAUCGAGAGCAUGAACACGGUGUUGGAUGACAACAAGAAGCUGUGCCUCAUGUCGGGCGAGAUCAUCCAGAUGUCCAAGACAAUGAGCCUAAUCUUUGAAACGAUGGAUCUCUUGCAGGCGUCGCCGGCGACGGUGUCCCGCUGUGGAAUGAUUUACGUCGAGCCAAUGGCAAUGGGUUGGCGUCCGCUAGCCACAUCGUGGCUGGACGCGCUUCCCGAGGAGGUGUCGAGCGGUGACGGCCGUGACACCCUGCAGGACCUCUUUGAUUGGCUAUUCGACGCUUGUCUAGACUUCGUCCGCCUCCACUGCCAGCAGCUCAUUUCCCUGAGUCCCAUGUGCAUCGUCAAGUCGACCCUCGACCUGCUGACCGCUCUCGUAACCGACGCAAUCAAUGAGGAGAACCCAGCGGAGAAUCGUCAUCUGCGAAUGUGGGUGCACGCGUCCCUGUUGUUCAGUCUGGUCUGGGGCAUCGGUGGGUGUCUAGACGACGCCAGUCGGGUCAAAUUCGACGAGUUUCUUCGACCGAUCCUCGGUGGCAAGGAGCCCGACUUGCCGCCUCCUCAGAGCAUCGGUGGUCGCUGUGACUUCCAGACUCCCGAAAGCGGUCUGGUGUUCGACUACUUCUACGAGGUACGUUCACUCGCGUCCCCGUCUAUCGGCAGUCUGGAAAUUCUGAUCGUAUCCUCAUCUCUCACCCUCUUUCUCUCUCGCUCUAUUGUUAAGUUCAAAAGCCGUGGGAAAUGGCGCCACUGGAACGAUUUGACGCGUGGCCAGGACAAAUUCGAAGGCAUGGAGAUUCGUGACAUCAUCGUACCGACCAUGGAUACAGCGCGCUACAAGUUUCUAAUUGACCUCUGCUUGCGGGCCAAUCAGGCGCUCUGUUUCAUCGGUGUCACCGGUACGGGCAAGUCGACGUAUGUUCGUGAGAAACUCAUGCGCGCCAUCGACCACGAUGUGUACAAGCCCUUCUUCAUCAAUUUCUCUGCUCAAACCGGCGCCAACCAAGUACAGGACAUCAUCAUGUCGAGACUCGAUCGACGCAGAAAGGGUGUGUACGGUCUGCCGAUGGACAAAAUUGCCACUUUCUUCAUCGACGAUCUAAAUAUGCCGGCCCAGGAGGUGUAUGGAGCACAGCCGCCGAUUGAACUAUUGCGCAUGGUCAUGGACCACGGCUAUGUGUAUGACUUGAAGGACAUGACAAAGGCCAGUUUGAUCAACCUCUACAUCUGCGCUGCAAUGGGCCCUCCAGCAGGCGCGCGUAGUGACGUGACGCCGCGUUUUAUGCGCCACUUCCACGCGAUUUCCAUGGUGCCUUUCAACGAUGUUACCCUGACGCGCAUUUUCUCUGCACUCAUGCACACUUAUCUGCGGUCGCAAGAAUUCACCUCCGACUACUUCGGCGUCGGCAACACCAUGGUGGAGGCAACCCUGCAGGUGUACAAGGCGGCGAUGGCUAAUCUUCUGCCAACUCCAGCCAAAUCGCACUACGUCUUCAACCUGCGCGACUUCAGUCGCGUCAUCCUGGGCAUCUGCCUGAUCAAGAAGGAGCACGUGAGCUCUAAGCAGACGUUCAUCCGGCUCUGGGUCCACGAGGUGCUGCGCGUCUUCUACGACCGUCUGACCGACGACAACGACAGGAAGUGGUUGUUUGAAUUCAUCAAGAACGCCAUCGAAGUGUACUUCAAGGACAAAAUCAACGUUGUGUUUGCUCACCUACUGGAGAACAGUAGAGAUGAGGUAAACGAGGAGACCUUCAGGAGUCUGAUCUUUGGUGACUUUGUGGACAUCGACGCCCUCCCGGAGGAGAGGUGCUAUGAAGAGCUCACUGACAUCAACGCGAUGUACCCAAUCGUGGAACAGUGCUUGUCGGAGUACAAUGCUACGCACAAAACCAAGAUGAAUCUCGUCAUCUUCAGAUACGUGCUGGAACAUCUGGCGAGGAUAUGUCGGAUACUGCGAGUGCCUUCGGGCAACGCGUUGUUAGUGGGUGUUGGCGGGUCUGGCAGACAGUCGCUGUCUCGCCUCGCGUCUGCCAUGGCUGGCUACGUCACCUUCCAGCCAGAGGUCACUAAGGACUACGGCUUGUCUGAGUGGCGCGAAGACGUAAAGUCCUGCCUGAAGAACGCCGGUGGUCGUGGAGCGCAGACCGUGUUCCUGAUAACAGACAUGCAAAUCAAAGACGAGGCCUUCCUUGAAGACGUCGACAGCCUGCUGAACUCGGGCGAGGUGCCGAACCUCUUUACGUCCGAGGAGCGCGCCGAGAUCACAGAGCUGGUGCAGGCGGCGUUAGAGGCGGAGAAUCGCAAGAAUCCCACAGCCGCAAACGCUGCCGCCAUGCAAGACACGUCGCCGUUGGCGCUGUUCGCAGCCUUCGUCAAUCGUUGUCGUGCCAACCUCCACAUAAUCAUCGCCUUCUCGCCAAUCGGCGAUGCCUUCCGCAACCGCCUGCGCCAGUUCCCCUCGCUUACCAACUGCUGCACUAUCGACUGGUUCACGUCAUGGCCAGAAGACGCGCUGGAACGAGUGGCGCAGCGUUCGCUGGAGACGCUUGGUAUGGAGCCUGAACUGAGGGAUCGCGCGACCCACAUCUUCAAGUACUUCCACAAAUCGAUCAUCGACUUGUCCGUCAAGUUCUUCGAACAACUAGGUCGGAAGACCUACGUCACGCCGACGUCGUACCUCGAGCAGAUCGGUUCGUUUGAACGCCUCAUUACCAAGAAGAAGGACGAAAUAAUGACGGCGAAGUACCUUAACGGCUUGGAUAAAUUGGCGUUCGGCGCGAGUCAGGUGGCGGAUAUGCAGGUGAAGUUAGAGGAGCUGCAACCGCAGCUGGUGGAGGCGGGAGCAGCCAACGAGAAGCUGCUGGUGGUGAUCGCGAAGGAGUCCGCAGCCGCGGAAGAGCAGAGGGAGCGGGUGGUGAAGGAGGAGGAGGAGGUCAACCUCAAGGCUGACGCCUCGAAGGCCCUGUCCGAGGAGUGCAGGGCCGACUUGGCCGAGGCCCAGCCUGCCAUGGAGGCCGCGCUCGCCGCUCUGGACACCCUCAAACCCGCCGACAUCACCAUCGUCAAGUCCAUGACCAACCCGCCGCCGGGCGUCAAGUUGGUCAUGGAGGCGGUGUGUGUCAUGCGCGACAUCAAGCCUGAACGCGUCACCGACCCUAGCACCGGCAAGAAGACCCUCGACUACUGGGGACCGUCGAAGCGUCUGCUCGGUGAAAUGACCUUCCUCCAGUCGCUGAAGGACUUCGACAAGGAUAACAUUCCCCUCCAGAUUGUAACAAACAUUAGAAACAACUACAUCACCAAUCCGGAGUUCGAUCCAGCGAAGGUGGCACGAGCCAGCUCGGCAGCUGAGGGUCUGUGCAAGUGGAUCCUAGCCAUGGAGCAAUACGACCGCACGGCGAAGAUUGUCGCGCCAAAGAAGAUCAAGCUCGCUGCGGCCGAGAAAGAGCUGGCCGAAAAUAUGGCCGCCCUCAAGGAGACACAGGCCUCCCUCAAGGCCGUUGAGGACAAACUGGCCAAAUUGCGGGAGAAUUUGGCAAAAACACAGGAAGAGAAGAAGCGGCUGGAGGACGAAGUGACGCUUUGUGGUCAGAAGUUGAUUCGAGCCAAUAAGCUGAUUGGCGGUUUGGGCGGUGAGAAGGACCGCUGGUCGCAGGCUGCGGAAAGGCUUCAGCUAAUCUACGACAACCUCAUGGGCGAUGUGCUCGUGGCAGCCGGCGUUAUCGCCUACCUGGGGCCCUUUACCUCCACCUUCCGUGAUGCCUGCAUCGAGGAUUGGCUGACGCUGUGCAACAGCCAAGACGGCAUCACCUGCAGCCCCAACUUCACUCUCACCAACUGUCUAGGUGAUCCUGUCAAAAUCCAGGCGUGGAACAUCUUCGGACUGCCUCGCGACGCCUUCUCGAUCGACAACAGUGUGAUCGUUGACAACGGGCGUCGAUGGCCACUAAUGAUCGACCCAGAGGGUCAAGCGAACAAGUGGAUCAAGAACAUGGAGAAGGAGAACGCUGUAGCCAUCGUCAAACUGACCGACGGCGACUUCAUGCGGAGGAUGGAGAAUAGCGUCCAGUUUGGAAUUCCGGUCCUGCUUGAGAACGUCGGCGAGGAACUCGAUCCCAGUCUGGAGUCGCUGCUGUUGAAACAGAUUUUUAAGCAGGGCAACGUGGACAUGAUAAAACUCGGUGAAAGUGUCAUCGAGUACUCAAUGGACUUCCGUUUCUACAUCACGACGAAACUGCGCAACCCGCACUACCUGCCCGAGGUCGCGGUGAAGGUGUCUUUGCUGAACUUCAUGAUCACUCCGGAAGGCCUUGAGGAUCAGCUGCUGGGCAUUGUGGUGGCGAAGGAAAAACCAGAACUGGAGGAGGCGCGUCAGGAGCUGAUUGUCACGACGGCGAACAACAAGCGCAUGCUGAAAGAGGCCGAAGACCGCAUUUUGGCGACCCUCGCUGAAGCUGAGGGGGACAUUCUCGAAAACGAGACUGCCAUCCAAAUUCUCGACUCCUCGAAGGCCAUCUCCGACGACAUCAUGAAGAAGCAGGCGGUGGCCGAUGAGACGCAGAAGAAGAUCGACCUCGCCCGCAUGGACUACGCCCCCAUCGCCAGGCACUCGGCAAUCCUCUUCUCCUCCAUCACCGAUCUGCCCAACAUCGACCCCAUGUACCAGUACUCGCUCACCUGGUUCGUCAACCUCUACAUCAACGCCAUUCAAGACAGCAACAAAUCCAAAAUCCUCACACGCCGGAUUCGUUAUCUGCAGGAGCACUUAGAUUACAAACUCUACGAGGAGGUGUGUCGUGGUCUAUUUGAGCGCCACAAACUAGUCUUCUCGUUGAUUCUCUGCACUAGAAUCGGUUUCAACAAGUCGAAGAUUGUGGAGAAACGCAUCAGGUACCUCAUUGACUACUUCACCUACAGUCUCUACGUAAAUGUCUGCCGCUCUGUCUUCGAGAAGCACAAACUCCUCUUCUCGUUGAUUCUCUGCUGCAAAUUGAUGAUGGCAAAGAACGACAUGCAAUUGAACGAGUUCCUAUUUUUCCUAACGGGGGGAGUGGGUUUGGAGAAUAACAUUCCCAAUCCAGCACCCCAGUGGCUCCUGUCGACUAGUUGGGACGAGCUCUGUCGUCUGUCCCAAAUGGCCCCGUUCGACGGACUGAAAGAACACGUGAUUGAGAACACGGAGGAGUGGAAGAAGUUCUACGACGCCAAAUCGCCCCACUUGACGCCUUUGCCAGCCCCCUGGGACACACAACUCGACCAAUUCCGCACUUUGGUGGUGCUUCGAUGCAUCCGACCAGACAAGGUUGUGCCAGCGGUGACGAAUUACGUACGCGAGAAGUUGGGCAAGAAGUUUGUGGAGCCGCCGCCGUUCGACUUGGCCAAGAGCUACGAGGACUCGGGCUGCAUGGCGCCGCUCAUCUUCGUGCUCUCGCCCGGCGCCGACCCGACCAUGGCGCUGUUGAAGUUCGCGCAGGACAAGGGCUUCGGCGGCGCGCGCUUCCAGUCGAUCAGUCUGGGCCAAGGUCAGGGACCGAUAGCCGCGAAGAUGAUCGAACGCGCCCAAGCCGAGGGCUCGUGGGUGCUGCUGCAGAACUGCCACCUCGCUGUGAGUUGGAUGACCAACAUGGAGAAGAUCUGUGAGAGCUUCACCGUGGACAACACCGCGCCCACCUUCCGCCUCUGGCUCACCAGCUAUCCGUCGCCUAGUGUAGGUUCUUGUUCUUCUACGUCCACGUGGAUUUCGCCUCUAGAGACAAGAUUAGCCUCUGAUUGGUUUGUACACCUGGUCCUUAAAACCCAGCUUCAAUAG